AUGUUUGGAUGUAUUGUGGCUGGUCGGCUGGUGCAGACAAACCUGCGCCAGGUUGACGUGAACAAGUACGUGUUUGAAUUGCCCGAGGCGCACCUCAUUAACCACCUGGUAGUGUUCCUGCUGGGCACAAUCCCGUUCGAGCCCGGGUACGCAGCCACUGUGCACCUGCUGUGGCCCAACAAGGACUGGCAGUUCCUCGGCGUGCUGUCCAACGACAAGCCAAGCGCGAUCUUCCGCCUCAAAUCGACAAUAUCGCCCGAGGAGGCAGCGCAGAUGCCACAUAUGAACGCCGAGCUCGGCAUCUCCAUCGAGCCAGUCCAGGCGGUCGAGCAGGAGUUCCAAAGGGCGCGGGGCACGUCGCAGGCAGUGGUGCCGGCGGGACAGCAGGUGUCGCCGCAGACAGCCCAGGCCUUUGCGCAGAAGACGCUGGGCAACCUGUACGAAUAUGCGAUGUCGUUUGCGACGCGCGCCGACUCCUCGAUGGGAUUGAUCGGGUCUGGCGCCCCGGUCCAGGUUCUGCCGACAAAGGUGUUUGACGACUGGUACAACAACCUCCUGCGAAAGAUCCGGCGGGAUCCAGCAAAUUCGAUGAGCAUGUGA